CAAUUCUGACAAAUGCAGCCUCAUCAUGUAUGUAGCAGCCUUCACCCCAUCUCCUGGUCGCAGAAAUCCGAACUCGAACCAUUACAAGCGCUAAAGCGGUAACCAACUUCAAAAAUGCGUCUCCUUAACACUAGCACGCUUACCUUGGAAGAAUUUUAUGGCGCUGUCCCCAAAUAUGCCAUUCUAAGCCACCGGUGGAGAAAGAAGAGGUCUCCUUCCAAGCCAUGAAUGCAGGAAGGGCUGGGCGAGCAUAUCAGCUCAUGGGCUACGAGAAAAUCAAUCGCAGUUAUUUCCAAGCGAUGGACGACGGGUUGCGAUAUAUUUGGGUGGAUACCUGUUGUAUCGAUAAAACGAGCAGCGCUGAACUUUCCGAGGCUAUCAAUUCCAUGUUUUUAUGGUAUCGGAAUGCGGAGGUGUGCUAUGCUUAUCUGUCGGACGUUGACGAGGAUUCGGAGUUGUCUGGGAGUUUGUGGUUCACGAGGGGUUGGACUUUGCAGGAGUUGUGUAGGUGUUGAUUGCUGUGAAUACCAACCAUUCUAACAUAUCUAAAGUGGCACCCUCGAAAGUGGUUUUUUAUGGUCAUGGUUGGACUCUUCUCGGUACUAGAGAGAGUUUGAAAAUACGACUCUCCGAUAUCACUGGAAUCAGGUCCUUGCAUGACUUCCAGAAUGCGUCUAUCGCACAGAAAAUGUCAUGGGCAUCCAAGAGGAUAACCACCAGGGUUGAAGAUAUGGCCUACUGUCUCUUGGGUUUGUUUGGUGUUUACAUGCCGCCUCUUUAUGGAGAGGGCAAAAAUGCUUUCUUGAGACUCCGGUUGGAGAUCUUGAGCAAGAGUGACGACGAAUCUAUAUUUGCCACGACAGAGGAUCUCCCGGAGAGUGGCAUGCUGGCAGCUUCUCCUGCUUCUUUUUGUGAUUCCGGGGAUGUUGUACAGAUUGGAGUUGGAGGAAUAGACAGAAUUCCAUAUCACAUGACAAAUAAAGGGCUGGAGUUGAAGGCAGAUAUUACGAGUAUCUCAACGAAUCAUCGUUUUGGAUUGAUUCUAUUGCCCAUCAAUUGCAAACGAGUAAGUCAAAUGGCCAUCACUUUACGCCAUUCUCACGGAGACCAAUAUUUUCGAUUGCCGAUGUAUUUGAUUCCGAGUUUACAAUAUUCUGGAUUGCCAAUGUAUUUCCACCCGAGAUUACCUAACCCAAGUACAGUUGGAAGAACCUUGUAUAUCCGACAGUGGAAUUUUGAUACCCCUUACCUUGCAGAUGGCGCACCUGGGCGCUAUGAAUUUUUGAUCCAGAACUAUUUCGGGAACGAGGUCGAGAAAUUUGGCACCAAAGUAUUGGGAGUAAUCACGAGGCGGGGGGGUGAUUGCCAAUUAGAGCUGACCGACACCAAGGGGCAUGUUCUCCAGUUUGGAACCCUCAACAUUAUCGUCUCCGCUUCUUUGCCUGGAAGUUGGGCCACCAUCAUAUACAAAACCGACACGAACAUGUUGUUUGGGACGAUGCUUUACUUCGAUAACGAAUUUCGUGUGGGCAUACACGUCCUAGACCUCGCGGAAUCAGGUUUACAUGAACAGUUGUCAACGGGGGAGCCGAUUGAAGCGCUGCAGAAACUUAACAAAGUGCCCAUUCCUGGAGACGCUGGAGACUUCGCAAACAAAGCCUCGGAUACUCGACGAGAAAUUGGACAUUCGUUUGCGGAGGGAAUAAAAAAGAUUGUGAAGGGACAAGGCAAGACGAACAUUUUGACGCAAAAACUCCACCCCAUGGUAGAAGACACGUUCCGGAAAUUACUUAGCGAGGGAUCACGGCAACUUUCUCAUACUGCUCAAUUGACAAUGAUUCGUCCACUUCUGGAUCUCACAGUGCAUGCCACAUUGACAGGAGGCCCAAACCUAGGCAAAAAACGCUUUGGGGCUACUAUUAGAAUAUCAAAAAGCCUCUAAAGCUUUAUGGGAGAUAUAUUUACAAUCCUUUGAGACAUGGAACCAAUUGUUGAGUUGUUUUUCUGUUACUGCAUGAUCAAGACUCAAUUGGGGCGUGGGGAUGCGCCCGUUGGAGCAAGCGAGAACCGAGCUCCCGAGGCAACUGAAAGAUGGAACGACCUGGAAGAUUUUGAGGCUCAUCUGUGCCCCUCGCGUCGGCUACAAGUCCCAAUGUAACUUCAAAAGAGGCCGAGAUAUCUCGGCUCGGGUUCUGCUAGCUUUGUUGUCGCAGUGUUAAACUGUGAACAUGUCCUUUCUGGCAAAUCGAAUACCACAUACUUCAUCUGGAUAGCCCCAACAGAGGGCUUACCUGCGGUCAAAUCAGCUUAUGAAGUUGUGGACUCCACGAUACCUUUAAAUUGCC